AUGACAUUUUGUGUAUUGUUCAUAAUAUUUGGGGCCACAAUGGGUUUUCUAAAAGUUCAGAGUCCGAUUAAGAUUGAUGAAUUUUCCGAAAUUAUGUAGGCUGAUUAUUCCAUUUCAAAUUUCGGUCAUAUUCCUUAUGGGAAAAGAAUGGUUGCUCAACUAUUUGCUCCUCCUGUGGAUAUGGAGAAGGAUAAGGAAUUUAAGUUAUGCGAGCAACCCCCAUUUAGUAUGGGUUUGCAAUUUUAUUAACCUUCUGGUGAUAAAUGGUUGAUUGCCAGGAGAGGAGGUUGCCCAUUCACUCAAAAAGCUAUCAAUGCAUAGAACAUGAAGGCAAAGCUAUUGAUAAUUGUGGACAAUAGAGACGAGAAGGUGGAAUCAAUAAUGAUGGCUGACGACGGAAAUGGAUAUCAAAUUGAUAUUCCAUCUAUCCUAAUCUCAAAAAGUGAUGGAGAGAAAAUACUUACUUAUUUAUCGAAAUCCAAUUAAAGAUACUUGAUCGGAAGUGUAGAAUUUAAAUUAAACUAAACCUCAAACCUAACGAAUGUGCUAUUUGGUUUUAAUAUCGAAAACAAAGACACCUUCAGAUUAAUCAAUGAGUUCAGACCCAUCUACGAGGAAUUGAAGGGUUAUCUCAAUUUCACCAUCUUUUACGAGGUGCUGCGUUGUCUUUCCUGUGAGACAGGAGGUUGGAAGACUGAAAAUCAAGAUUGCCUUGGAGGAGGAAGAUAUUGUUAAUUUGAUCCAAACGGCGUUGCUUUUGGAACAGGAUCAGACGUUCUUAAAGAAUAGUUGCGUUAAACAUGCAUUUGGAAAUACAAUUCUGAACUUUGGUGGUCCUACAUGAAUCACUUCACCAAGAAAUGUACAAAGGAGAAUGAAUAUGAUUCAUGUUUUGAGAAAUUUGUAAAACCCGACGAGUUCGCAGCAGUAGAGAGUUGCAUUAAAAGCUCAUACAAGAGUCCUGUGGAUUCUUUAAAAGGAGAGAAUACCAUAUUGGAAGAGCACUUCAGAUUGAGAUAUCAAUCUGGUAUAAUCUUCUAUCCUGGUGUGUCAAUUAAUAAUGUGGCAUACAGGGGCAACAUCGAGGCAUUGGAGAUCAAGGAGGCCAUUUGCGCAACUUAUACUGACAAACCUGAGGCAUGCGAGGAGAAAUUAAUAUCUUUUGAACCCAAUCGUUAAAUGGAGAACUCUUACUUUUGGUUGAUUGUUGUAGUUUGCACUUUGAGUGUUCUCUUUAUUUUGUUUAUUGUGUUCGUUUAUAGACGUUAAAUGAAUAAUAGCAUGUAGAAAAACAUCAGAGAACAGGUGAGUUAAUAGGUGAACAAUUACGUAAGGUUUUACGAAAGCAGAAGUGAGAAAUGA